CCAGUCGAACUAAUUAUUUGUACCCGUUGCUUCUUUGGAAGCAGCUACACCUACGUUGGUUGUUGUCGAAUGAAGUGAGAUCUUGCUGAACAAAGUAUCGUGGAAUGGCGGCCGCUGCGCUCACUGCCACACAGGUGGCGGGUGCAUUUCUCAGUCAUUAUGAAGCUCUAUGGCGACAGGCUGACAGUAGUGGAGCUGGUAUUAUACCAGCUAAUGAGGCAGUAGCUAUAUUGAAACGGUCCAAGUUGCCGGAAGCUGCUCUCCACUCGAUCUGGUCUGUGGCGGAUUAUCACACAAGAGGAAGUCUUGAUAAGCAGGGUUUCUUCAUUGCUCUUCGUUUGAUUGCUGCUGCGCAAGCUGGAAUUCAGCCCAAUGUUGGGGUACUUACCAUGACAGCCACAGCACCACCUAGCCUCGAGGGUAUGAGUGGUAUGGUGGGUAGCGGUACCCCUAGUGGAGGACUAAGUUCUUCAGGAACACCAGUUGGAAAUGGAUUAUCUAUGGGCGGCAACAGCACAGCCACCUUCAUCUCACAAACUGACAUGAAGAAGUACGAAAGCAUAUUUGAAUCACUACUCCCUGAGAAUGGUCGAGUUGCUGGUGACAAAGUCAAGCCAGUCUUGAUGAAUUCCAAGUUACCAGUAAACGUGCUUGGUCAGAUUUGGGAGCUAGCAGACAGCAAUAGGGAUGGAUUCCUGUUUCUGGAAGACUUCUGUGUGUGCAUGCACUUAACGUAUCGAUCCCUGGACGGGGAUGCCGUACCGAACACUGUUCCCGUUCAAUUACGCAACCAAUUGGCUACAAAUAAGAUUCAAUCAGCACGUUCCAGAUCGGCAUCAAUAGUCAGCGCACACAUGCUUUCUACAAGCGCCUCUGGAUUGUCAUCUCCACUUGCAGUAGCCAGUGCAGCUAACAGUGGUUCACUUCUUCAGCCUGCAGGCGCCACGUUGUCUUCUUCAUCACCAACUUGGAUUGUUAGCGGUGAAGAGCAGAAGCUGUUUGAAGGCAUGUUUCGCCAGGCGGAUAAAGAAGGCAAGAACUUUGUGUCGGGUGAUGACGUCAGGUCUCUAUUUGUCUCGACCGGAUUGCCUGGUAACCUUCUAGCUCACAUCUGGGGCCUAUGUGACAUGACUAACUGUGGCAGACUCACUCUGGAGCAGUUCAUGCUAGCUAUGUAUCUAGCUAAGCAGAAAAAGAUAUCAAAUGUUGAUCCACCUCAAAAGCUAACGCCGGACAUGAUUCCUCCAUCAAUGCGAAGUCAGAGCACUGGUAUUGGUGGUACACAAUCCGAAGGACCUUCGCCCGAUCACAUAGCCAAGAAUGAAGAACUAAAGUCACUAUCUGAGGAGAUCAGUCAGCUUAAUAUUGAGAAAGAGCAAUGUACAGAGGAGGUCACAAAGAAACAAGGACAGCUCAAUACUUGUCGAGAUGAUGUUCAGGGCCUUCAACAAGAAGUGUCACAAGCACAACAUCAAUUGAAGAGUUUGGAAAAGCAGCGGGAAGACCUCACGAUGAGCCUGAUGAAUGUGGAGAAAGAGCUGUCCGAGUAUGAAGCAGAGUUAGCUGGCCUCAAGGAGAAGUGUCGCAGUGAAGAAAACCAGAUUUCCAACCUGAAGUCACAAUUAGAUAAUCAACAGUCUACCAUGCAGAGCCAACAGGAGGAACUACGACAAGCCAAGGAUGAGAUGUCUAAGUUACUCCAAGAAGAAGAACAAAUGAAAACAGAGGUUUCUGAAGGCCGUUCAGUUCUCUCCAACCUAGAAUUAUCGGUGCAGGCCGCCAAAACGGAAUCAAGUCAGAUCCGCGGUCGUAUUGGUCAACUUUCAGAUGUGCAGCAGAGCUUCUCAGCUCAAGUGCAGCAAGCACAGUUGACAUCAUCAGAAUCUCCACUGUCAGGUCCAGAUCCGUUUCAAAUGUCUUCGCCUAGUGCAGAUCCUUUCAAAGCAGCUGAUCCGUUUGCAAAAUCUGAUCCAUUUUCAUCGCGUAAUGAUCCAUUCAAGCUGGCAGCUACUAACAGUAGUGAUCCUUUUGGAUCAAGUACUACUUCUGCGUUUUCUAACAACCAAGACCCAUUUGGCAGUGCAACGACAUCCAGUGGUACAGACCUAGGCAGUUCUGUUGCUCCUGCUGGUGGCAUGGACGGUGGUGGUAACUCCAGUGCACGUCGAUCAUCGUUUUCAACCUCAACCGCACCUGCAGCUGCCACUCCUUCUGAUCUCUUUUCUAACAGCACGUCUUCGAAUAUUCCUAGAGUUCGCUCUGGUACGGUUGGCAGUGCUGCAGCCGCAGGAGCAGCUGGUAGCUCGCUGUUUGGCUCGUCCACACCGGCUGAUUUGUUCUCAACGUCAUCUACUGCCACUGAUGGAUUUUCAGCAACAGCAAUGGCAUCAUCUUCAUCACCGUCGAAAAGCAAUGACCCGUUUGCCAGUACUGCAACGAGCAGUGCAUUUGACCAGUUCUCAUCAACCCCCAGUACUGUAGGUCAGACUGCUGGCAAUGAUCUUUUCGGCUCGUCCUUCUCACCGGAAACUUCAUCAACAGCAAGUACAGGUGGUAUUAGCGCUUCUGGUGGAUUUCCUUCUGGCGAUCCGUUUGCUGCAAGACCAUCAGCUAGCACUGGUGCUAGCACUGCUCCGGCCAUCACUGCCCCAUCCACCGAUGGAGGAGCAUUUGAUAGCACGGGUGUAUUCGACACGAGUGGAUUUGAUGCAUUUAGUACCACAUCGUCCGGCCCAGCUACGAAGCCAUCGUCAUCCAGUGGCUCAACUAAUGCAACUACCACCGCCGCUUCCUCCUCUCUCUUCGGUGACUCAUUUGGUUCAAGCACGAAGCCGGCUGCCCAAUCAUCAACAUCUGUUGAUCCAUUUGCAGCAUUUGGACAGUCCGACCCGUUUGCCACUUCCAACACAACCACAUUAGCUCCAGUGGCGACGUCAGCAGCAAGUGGAUCAGUAAAAUCAGCUAGUCCGUUUGGUGAUGAUCCGUUUGGUGCAGGAGGAUUUUAGAUGCAGCUGCAGCUACAGGUGUACAGGCGUAGCUGCAUUCCACUCUACGCAGUGCAAGGUUCACAUAUUUGUCUUUUUGCACUCACCUAUCGACAGCAGGAACAGCAGCUAUGCCGUCAUUGUGUAGAGACUCCAGUAGUAGCAGUAGCAACAGCAAUGCUAAUAUUGUGCUUUGAUCAUCUGCAACAGAGCUGCUACUAGGACCUUGACGAUGAUGGGCUGCAGUGUUUCCUGUAUAGAACAAUGAUGAUGAUGACGACAACCAUGCCGAUGGUGGUUAAAGCUGGGCUAUGAAGUACUCACACACGCACACUCACGCACACAUUGCUGCUGCUGUAGGUUUAAAGCGUUGUUUCUCUGACAUCCGUCAUUUGACCAUGACGGUGCUGGUGCUGGUGCUGUUGUAGCUUCUGUUGUUCUUGCCAUGCUACAAUAUUGACAGGCUCACAUGUACAUAUGAUGGCAUGUGCAUAUAGCUGUAGAUGAUAUCACUAUUUUGUUAGCACUUACAUUGUAUCUAUUAGCCCAAAGCAGUGUACGGUAGUACGUGGUGUGUAUGGCAACGUGACUAGCUGUCAACACCAUGUACUCACCAUGUACUCACCACUGUCUAUGAGCAUAGCACAGAUAUCCGGAUAGUGGUGCUACUUGAUUUUUGUUCUCUUUAUCAACAUUUCUUAUUUUCAUUAUGUAGAACACCAUGGCUGUAGCAGGCAUAAGAAUGGCGACAUGGCCUACCAGUACGUAGUGUGGCCUUGCUCUUGGCCUCAGCCUAUACUCUUGUUGAAUAUUUCAUUUCAUUAUUUUCUGUUGCUUCUGCUUUUGGUCGCUUCUCUCUCCCUCUCGCACACACCAAUUUCAUGAAGAUAUGUUAGAAUUUGACUACGACUGCUAUUGUCAGUAUUGAAAUAUUCCCUGCGAUAGGAGGAUGGAAGAAUUAUACCAGGCUGCUAAAUACAGCACCCCCAUUUUCCAUUUAGAUAUAAAGUGCGGUGGUGCUGGUCUUGGUGACAUCAUUGUGCUGUGCCUGAUCUCCGGGUCAUAUUGUAUACCUGUCUUGGAAGAACUGUGUAGCCACUUUUGUUGGUGCUAGUGACAUGCUUUAAGUUGCUACAGUACUGCCUUUAGUUUGUUCUGUUGAAUUAAUCAUCUGUGUUAUGAUUUUAGUAUUCCCAUCCCUAUAUGCGCUUACGAAUUCAAGCUGAUAACCGCCGAACAGUAACACGUUAUUAUCGUCUUCUCAUGAGGCUGGCUGCGGGCAAACUACUUGCUUUAUUUAGUUUUCUCGUUCACAUGCCCACCGUGUACACAUGCCCUGCACCGUGUACACAUGAGUGUACACCUCCUUGUCACUGCAGUGCUUGUGACAUUGUGCCAAGCUUAUUUGUGGGUAUUUUCA